AUGCCGGGCUUCGACUUCUCGAAUUACAACCGCAACGCGGCGCUGCACGCACAGGGCGUUCCGCUUCCCAAGGCGACCAGCACCGGUACCACCAUUGUCGGAUGCCUGUUCGAUGGCGGUGUCGUCAUCGCCGCCGAUACCAGAGCCACCAGCGGCCCCAUAGUAGCUGACAAGAACUGCGAGAAGCUGCACUACAUCGCCCCGCAGAUCUGGUGCGCAGGUGCCGGUACGGCGGCCGACACGGAGUUCACCACGGCGCUGAUGUCGUCGAACCUGGAGCUGCACGCGCUGUCGACGGGCCGCAAGCCGCGCGUCGUGACGUGCAUGACGAUGCUCAAGCAGCACCUGUUCCGGUACCAAGGCCACAUCGGCGCCUACCUCGUUGUCGCCGGUGUCGACCCGACCGGCGCCCAUCUCUUCACCGUCCACGCCCACGGCUCGACCGACAAGCUUCCCUACGUGACCAUGGGCUCGGGUUCGCUGGCCGCCAUGUCCGUCUUCGAAACGCAGUGGCAACCGUCGCUCAACCGCGACCAGGCUGUCAAGCUGUGCUCCGACGCCAUCCUGGCCGGUAUCUUCAACGAUCUGGGAUCCGGUAGCAACGUCGACGUCGCCGUCAUCACCGAGGACAAGACCACCGUCAUGCGGAACUACAUCCAACCCAACCAGCGUGAGCAGAAGCAGCGCAACUACCGCUUCCCCCGCGGCACCACCGCUGUGCUCAACGAGAAGGUCAUCAAGAAGGAGGACAUCAGCAAGUACGUGACUGUACAUGAGCUCACAGAGGGUGAGCAGACUGCGGAGAGGAUGGAUGUCGACGCAUAA